UUGACAUCAUUAACUUAUUUGAUAAAAGUGAACAAUUUUUUUUUCCCUUUCCACCACCCACUAUUGCUAUUUUUCAAUUUUUAUUUCUUUUUUCUUAACUCACUUUCUAAUGCUAGUGGUUGUCUCUCCCUCUUGUUACCCUUUCUUAUUCAUAGACUCACAUGAACUCAGGAGCAUGUUAGCAGCUAAAAACACAAAGGGUUAAAAAAAGUUUUGGUACAUGGGGAGAUGAGAGAUGGAGGAUAAAGCAGAGAACCAAGAUGAUAACCACCCAUCUCUCCUCCCUAAUCACAACACAACCACCACCAUCACAACAAAAGAAGAGUCUCCAAGAAAACCCAUUGGUGGUGGGAGUGAUAGGCUUAAGAGGGAUGAGUGGAGUGAAGGGGCUGUGUCAACACUUCUUGAGGCCUAUGAGGCCAAAUGGGUGCUUAGAAACAGAGCCAAACUCAAAGGGCAUGAUUGGGAAGACGUUGCAAGAUAUGUUUCAUCAAGAGCAAACUCUACCAAAUCACCAAAGACACAAACACAGUGUAAGAACAAGAUUGAGUCAAUGAAGAAAAGGUACAGAUCAGAGUCAGCAACCACUGCAGAUGCAUCAUCUUGGCCUUUGUAUUCUCGUCUUGAUGUUCUGCUUCGUGGGACAGGACCAAUAUCCACAACACUGCCACCACCACCACCACCACCAACAACAACAACAGCACCUUCUCAAUCACCACACCCUACCAAUAACCAAUCUUUGAUCUUGUUGGAGCCAUCACAAGCACCCAAUAUUCCUGUUGCUCCUCCACCACUUGCAAUUGCACAAAAUUCACAUGGAUCCAAUGGUGUUGAAAGAUUCGCCAAGGAAGAUGGGUUAGAAACUAAGUCAUCUGAUCAUGUAUCUAACAAGAAUCCAUUGGACUCGGAUAGUAGCACUCCUGCACUUUACAGUGAAAAGGAAAAGGUAAGACACAACAAGAGGAAGAUGAAGACAGAGAAUAAGAGGAAAAGGAAAGAAGACAUGGAAAUAGCCGAAAGCAUAAGGUGGCUAGCAGAAGUGGUUGUAAGGUCAGAACAAACAAGAAUGGACACAAUGAAAGAGAUAGAGAGGAUGAGAGUUGAAGCAGAGGCAAAGAGAGGAGAAAUGGAUCUUAAGAGAACUGAAAUCAUUGCUAAUACUCAGCUAGAGAUUGCUAGGAUAUUUGCAAGUGUCAAUAAAGGUGUUGAUUCCUCAUUAAGAAUUGGAAGAAGUUAAGGGUAAAUUAUGGAAGCUGAUCACAUGUUUCUAUGUGUAUAGUUCACAAUCAGCAUAAGGUAUAUUGAAGGAGAGGGAGAUUUAUAGUAACUAGUUAUAAUUCACCUAACCAGUGAAGAAAGU